AUGAAAGCGAGUAAAAUUGUGGCAAGCAUAGUUUAUGUUUCUCCAAACCCAUAUAAAUACAAGAGAAUUCACUUUCUUGGUGAAUUUUAUUUGCGUCAUGAAUGUUUUUCAGUCUCCCAUCGUGGUCAACAUCAAAAAUGCAAAAGAUUAAUUGAUGAUAAAGACAUGGCAUUAAAAUGGAUUAGAAAAUCAGUUAGCUUAAGAAUGGCUAAAAGAUGGUUAAAUAUUUUAGGAUGCAGAUUUGAAAAAUACAAAAAGCCGAUUCCACCUGUACUUGAAGUAGGCGAGCGAGAGUUGAUUUUUGUCACUCAUGAUGAGUGUAGUUUCUGUGCAAAUGAUGGAAAAAGAGGAAUUUGGAUGCACAAUGAGAAAAUGCCAUUGCAUAAAAAAGGGAAUGGAAAGUCAAUUAUAGUGAGCGAAUUUCUUUUAGAAGUGUGUAGAAGGUUACAAUUAAGUGAAGAAGAAAAAAAAAAUCCUAAUAUUCCUGCAGAAGCAUGCUGUUACUUUACAUCUGGUAAAAAUCAAGAAAAUUAUUGGAUGGUCGAACAUUUGUUAAAACAAAUUAAGAAGAAGGCAAUACCUAUUUUUGAAACAAAAUUCCUUAAUGCAACGGCCGUUUUUGCCUUCGAUAAUAGUACAAAUUAUUUAACGUUUGCAGAUGAUGCCCUUGUGAUGCAAAGAAUGAACAAAGGCCCUAGAGGAAAGCAAAGUAUAAUGUGA